AUGCAUUCUUUCUCUUCCGUCCUCAGCAUCGCAGCGCUGGUCGCUUCGUAUGCCUCCGCCCAUGUAAUCAUGAUCGAACCCCAUCCCUUCAACCUCGAUACUGAACCUCUCUACCAAACCUGGCCUCUUAGCGCCGACCUUCCCUUCCCCUGCCAAGGCCGCACCCAGCACGCUGAAGAAGUCACCAAAGUUACAGCCGGAAAGACCCAGCUUGUCAAGUUUUGGGGCAGCGCUGUCCACGGCGGUGGAUCUUGUCAGUUCAGCGUCGCCUAUGGAAAGGAAGCCCCUAAGGAUCCUAGCAAGUGGCACACUAUUUACAGCAUCAUCGGCGGUUGCCCUGCUGAAGCGGCGGGCAAUAUCCAAACCACCGGUAAAGAUCCGCAUGGUCGUGAGAAUGGACCUGAGUGCGGCAAUGAUACCGGAAAGGAGUGUACCAAGCAGUUCAACAUUCCUAUCCCCAAGGAUAUGCAGAAUGGUCCUGCUAUCUUCGCUUGGACCUGGUUUAACAAGAUUGGCAACCGAGAGAUGUACAUGGUCUGCGCGCCCAUCGAGGUAGUCGGUGGCAAGGAUGAUAGUUCCUUUGUCGACACCCUCCCUCCUGUUUUCCGAGCAAACAUCCCUGGCGAGUGCACGACUGGUGCUAGUGGAAGUGUAAUCAACUUCCCUGAGCCUGGAGAUUAUGGAAAGGUCAUUGAGCAGGGAACUCCUGGUAGUGAGGGAACAUGUGAAAAGGGUGUCGAGCCCAACUUUAAGGAUGAUGGCGCUGCUCCCGCACCUGAGAACCCUUCUGCACCUGUUGCUUCUGGGGCUACUUCUGUUGUACCAAGUGCUCAGCCUAGCUCUCCUGCUGCCCCAGUUCAACCGUCUGCACCAGUUCAGCCUUCAGCUCCUGUCCAGCCCUCUGCGCCGGUUCAAGCAUCUGCAUCAGUUCAGCCUUCAGCUCCCGUUCAGCCAUCGGCUACCGUUCAACCUUCUGCCCCUACUGUCCCUUCGGUCCCAUCAUCAGUCAUGUCUCCUGCUCCCUCGAGCAUGAUCACCACAACCGUCAACGCACCCGCUCAACCAACUGGCGUUCCCGCUCCUUCUCAACCUGCGGCUCCUGUCGCCAGUGGAAAGCCUUCUUGGGCCGGCCCUAAUUACCAGCCUUGUCCCGCUGAUAUUCAGUCAGGAAUGAUGUACUGCUUUUCCGAGACUACCUGGGGCAUUUGCAACCAGGGUUGGGCUUAUGUCUCUCCUGUUGCCCCUGGUACAAAGUGUAUCAAUGGACUCAUUUCCUAA